AUGAAAAUGCUGAAAGCAAAAUUAUAUCAUCUUCCUUUAAGUUUCAAUACUUCGCAUAAGCCAAAUUCAUUUUAUUAUUGUGAUACUACUAAUUGUUCUAUUUCUUUAUCUUUUCAUACAGAUAGUGUUGAUGAAAAUGUCCAGUCCUUGCUAACACGAUUGCAACAAUUUGACGAAAUAAAAGUUAAAAAGGAUGAUGAUAAUAUUCUUUGUGAUGACGACGAUGAAAAUGAACCUAUAAGAUGUAUGAUAUUUACAUUGGAAGAAGCAUUGCAAAAAUUUCAAUUACAAUAA